AUGAACCCAUUAAUAACUAAUUUGAACUUUAUUUUAUUCUAUAUAUUAUUAUUCUUAACGUUAAGUUUAGUUAUAGUUAAUGCGAAUACCGAAGCCUUAUUAAUCAAAGUGCCAUCGCUUAAUGAACUUGCCAAAAGUAAUACCCUACUAACUAUUAAUCCUAAUUCCAAGAUAUCUCUAAAUAAUACGAAUAGUGUUAUAGAAAACAUCAACAUUCUCAAUCCUAACUUCGAGACUUAUUUACCCAGAAAUAAAACAUUUGCCAAUUAUACACAUAUUGUACAGCUUUCUGAUCUUAUCCCAGGAAAUUCUUACUUUAUUAAAGUUUGUUGGACUGCAGCUGAUGCAGUGAAUCUUUUAUUACAAGAAUUAGAUCAAGGCCAGAUAAUGAUUUCAUUAGAUAAUAAAUAUAUGUAUAGAUCACCAGGAAGUUUAGAGCCAAGAAGGCAAAUACCAAUCAAUAUAACAGUGUCUGAAGUGAUUUUGGGGAUACCUUUAGAUCUACUUCCAUUGAUCAGUUACAUUAUAAUAGUAGUUAUACUAACUUUAGUUACAAAUCAUUUAUUUCCGUUUAAAAGCUAUCUAGAGAGCUUAUAA